GAUUUAUACUGACUGUAGCGACUGACAUUUUAUGUGAACAGUUCCAUUUAUUAACUCGUUGAAGUGCAGUUGGAAAACAGCGUUUUAUUUAUUAUAUUGUCGGCAAUAAUAUCUGGAUUAUAUAUUCAUAUAAAUCAGAUUUAAGAACAACUGGGCUACGGCCACGGACUUACAUCCUCCAAUCGACUGACUUAUAAAAUCUCUAUUACCGGUAUUUAUCAGUUUUGUUUAAGUUGUAUGAACUAAGGUAUCCGCAUAACUGCAUGGAUUUAAUGCUGAUAAUUGACAAAAUGAUUUACUAAAGAUAAUUUGACUACGACAUUAAGAUACACAUGAUGUAAUCUAAAGUGUUUUUUUCUCAAGAAAAUAAUUAAGAUAAGUUAGAAAGGAAAUUGCACGGAGAAGACACAUUUACAGGAUCCAACUCGCAGAUUACAGACUAUACACUGCCAGUGUAUCAACGCUUCAGCGACAUGGAGAGACCAGAUGUUACCAGGGAAACGGUAGCUGUCGUCGUGGAUUCCGCAUUCGGUCUCACUGUGGUAGAUACGUCACCGCUCGCCAGCUAUGAUGACGUCAACGUACUCGUGCACGUAACAGACGCUACGGAGAAUUCAUACGUUAAAAGCGUGGCUAAGACCGGAUAUGUUCUAAAGAUACUUAAUUCAGUUGACACACAGAAAACAGAAUUUAUAGAUGUCAUGCAUGGCGCCAUUGAGCGCGUAUCACGCGCUGGAAUUGCGACGUCACGUCCGGUCCGUACCAAGACAGGAAAUCAAUUCGAGAUCGUACCAAUACACUCAAAAACAGGCAGUGAGUACCGAUUUCUGGUUCGACUGUUUGAGUACGUCCCCGGGGAGGUGCUAGAAGACAAGCCCUACACCGCGCCCCUGUGUUACCAGGUGGGGCGCCUCGGGGGUCGGCUUGACAACGCACUCUUGGACUAUCGGCCGCCGGAACUGAUGGGCCAUUCCCGCCACUGGAACCUCCGCUUGGCCGGAAGUAUUGCGGACCAGACUUACGUCAUUAAGGACGCGGGGAGGCGUACGUUGAUCUUGGAAGUCGUCCGGAAGUUCCAAACGAACGUCCUGGAUAGAGGGGAGCUUUUAAGACGAGGAACUAUUCAUGGCGAUCUUAACGAAGGCAACAUUAUCGUUAGAAAAGAAAAUCUUAACCAUCCAGAUACUUGCGGCGAUUCUUGUACUAAUGAAACUUACGUAGUCCACGGGAUACUUGACUUCGGUGACCUAGUUUACGAGUAUCACGUGUUUGAGGUUGCCAUAGCGAUAACCUAUAUUAUGAUCGAAACCAAACACGGCAUUGACCCCGUAGACGCGGGAGGUCACGUGUUAGCGGGAUACCUAGGCGAAUGUCCCCUCCCAGCUGAAGAUCUCCGAGUCGUUAAGGACUGUGUCACUGCGAGGCUGGCGCAGUCUCUGACUUAUGGUGCCAUGGCACAUCACAAGGACCCCAGCAAUACGUAUUGCUUACGGACGUCUGUUAGGGGCUGGCCCCUUUUGAAAGAGCUAUGGGACAUGCCUGAAUCGGAACUAUAUAAACGGUGGAAUCGUACACUAAAGACUUACGGUAUUGAUGCAAUAAAGAACUUGCUGUAGUGUUGCUAAUUUUCGCAAAAAAAAUCCAGUUCGCGAUACGGACCAUCUUUUCACAAACAAUUCAAGUAUUGUUAAAACAGCACAUUUCUUGGUAUCGCCUAUAACACUAUCCAAUAAAAUUGAACAUGUCUAUUCUGAAAGUCUUCUAUAAAGCCUUGUGCAUUUGAA